CGCGAUCGUCAUGGAAACAUUCCGUUACAAACAAACCCGCAUCCUCGUGCCGCGCGGAUCGUUUCGUUUCUCUCGCAGAGCCACCCAGAAGCAUAAAAGAAACAUGAAAAGCAUAAAGUACCGCAAGUGAAGAAGGUCAACAAAAAGCAGCGAGAGAAGAAUUAGUUCACAAAAAAAGAUCGCGAUGUUAUUACGAAACGAAGCUAACUGCUGAUUGAUCUUGUGCGUUUGUCAGUGAAUGUGACCAAAUUUCAGAUUGAAUUUCAGUGAAUUUUAUAUUUAGCUACUUUUUGAACGAUUGUCCUUGAUGUGAUUGGAAGGACGCAAAGAGGGAAAGAAGGAUGAAAAUCAUCCCGAUUCCAGCAGCAUAGCGCGAGACGGUGGAGACGAUGUCAAUCAACAUUACGGUGCACAGCUCCCAGCCUGCUGCGCCUUCCGGUAGUAAUCCGUUUGCCAGUUUGGAAAGUGUUCGUAAGGCCGAGAAUGACAAAUUGCGCAAAGCUCGGUUGGAACAGGUCCGACAGCAGUCGAAACAGCUGGCGGCGAAAGUUCGCCGGAACUUCAAAACGGCCAAGGAAAAAGAGUUGGCUAACGUGGAGAAGCUGAGGGAGGCCGAGUUGAAGAGCUGGAAGCAGAAGCACAUAGCAAAGUUACAGACGGAUUAUCAACACUGUUUGGAAGAUGUCGGUGAAGCGCACAAGGCGGCUGAAGCAGCUGACCAGUGUGAGAUUUGGUUUCAGGAGAAAAGGGCCACCCAGCAGGCAGCGGCUCUGCAGAGGGGAAGACAAGCGGAGCAAAAGCUAGCGAAAGACAUUCAGGACCGAGAAAGCAGGAAGGUCAAAAAGAAGAGAGAUUACGUACCGAGCAAGUCGGUUGCGAUACAGGUUUCGGUUCCCGCGGAACAGAAGAAGGAUGCUCCGGUUCAGGUGGAUGACAGUAGUUCGUAUGCCAAUACUGUGAGUGCAUUCGAACAGUUCAAGAGAGGUUCAAAAGCAAAUUCGGUGCCAGAUUUACGAGUACCGGAUGAUCGUCCGUUGUCUCCAGAUUUCCUGUCGUCGGAUGAAGAACUGCUUCCUGCAACAGGUAAAAAUAAAGAGAACAUUCCAGCUCAGAGUUCUGCAUCUAGCAAACGGAUCGACACACUUUACUACAAUCCAACAUCAUUCACCUCACCGGAAACAAUCCAACACCAAGCAUCCACUACUCAACAGAAGCCGAUAAAACCUUUCACACAGAUAUCCGAUUUCGUCAGAAGACGCCGACAGGAGAAAUCUCACCAAUACGCCCACCCACAUGACCCUCCCAUGAAAGACUUUCCCACCUAUUCCUCGCAGAAAAUCGUCCAGUUCGAUGAUCUCAGCGAAAACACCCUCUCCUUUCCCACUAGCGCAGCCAUGGGCGGCUCGAUUCUGGAAUCUCCGCGCAAACCGGUGCGAAAGUUGGUGGAACAUCCGAAGACCAUCCCCAUCAAGUCGAAAGCAUCGAGUCCCUCAAAGCGAUCGGCAACGGCCACGACGGAUUCUACCACCAGCGCGGUGGGUGCCACUUCGUCCAAGGUACAGUACUACGACUUCAAUACCAAAUACCGGAAGGAGUACGACCAGCCGAGCGCGUUUGUGACGCGAAACGAUCAUCCGAGGGAAGGGGAGCUGAAUGCCAUGCAGGAGGCCGAUCGACUGGAGCGACUGCAGGCCGAGAUGCUGAAUGCGAGGAGACAACUUCCGGUGGGUCCGGAUCGUUCGCAGAACGCGCUGGAAAAGUUGCAGAUGCGCAAGGACUACGAAAAUCUACAGGCGGAACUGGACAAAUUGGUGCGAGCUGAAUCCCAAGUGAAGGGCCUGGAUGUGACAAGCAAACCUCUCAUGACGGAGACCAGACAGCGGCAGCAAACGGAAGCCCGCCAGAAACGAAUGAAUCAAGCCGUGGAAGAUUUACUAAAGAAGCGGGUUCUUAUCACGUGCCCUGUAGUUCGGGAUCCACCGAAGGGAGUUCAGCUGGCCAAUCGACCCUCGCAGAUAAAUGUCGCUGCGGGAAUGGGGAACGCUGUUCAUGUACCGGGGGACGAUUCCGUCGUUCGGGACAGCUCGGAUAGUUGCAGCACCAUCAUGCUGGGGUACGAUCGGGGAAAUGAGAGAGCGGGAAUUCCUCUGCCGGAAGCUGACAAGGUUGCCAAGCUAAAGGACCUGCUGGAGAAGGUGAACGAACAGAAAAGAUUGCUGACGGAGGAACUGAAGAAGGAGGAAGAAAUCGAUCGGGAACUGAAGGUCCCCGUUGUGGGUUUUAAGUCGACGAAGACCCAGACGGACAACGGAAUCAAGAAGCUGCAGCAACGUCAGCGGGAGCUGGAAGUGCAGCAGAAACAGUUGCACGAGAAGGAGAAGGAAAUUCACGAGUUGGAGAAACAGUUGAAGGAGAAGUUGAAUCGAUUGGAGAAAGAGAAACCCAAACCGAAGAUCCCGAUUCAGAUUGAGACGAAAGGAAGUGGGAAUGCUGAAGUUCAAACGAUUCAUGAUAACUCCUCGACGGUAUCGAAUGAUAGCAUCCAAUCGGGUUCGGAGAUUCCGGUGAAGAUUGUUAUAACUGUUAACGAUAAAUCGAAAAAGAAAGUUAAGAAAACCCCGAAAAAGGCGGUCCCGGAAGUAAGAAAAAGAAAGAAGGCUAAGGAAGUCAAGGAUGUUGUUGAUCAACCUGUUGAGCCGCCGAAUAUUCCAGUCAAGUCGCCACAGAAGGUAAAGGAAAUUCCACAAUCGCCCAUUAUUACACAAAAAGUCAUUCCGGAACCUCCAAUGGUAAUUCCAGAACAAACGGAGGCAUCUCCAAUAAGCUCAACAACCUCAACGGUCUACCGACAACUGCCAGCUAAAAUUGACAAUCGUGCAGGUCAGCUCUUAAAGCAGCUGGCCCAACUACAAGCUCCACCACAAAAACAAGCCAAACCUCAACGGCCUGAUUCCGCUCCCAAGCAUCUGCUCAAAAAGACCGCUCUUCCUCCACCGGUACCUUCGACUCGAGUGCAGCAGAGAGGUCAAAACCUCAACCCAAACCUUAUGCAGUAUAUCGUCCGUCUACUAGGUAUGUCCCGACAAUCCAUUGAGCAGCUUGGAGUUAGUUCUUCCACCACAGUUUCCACACCGCACGAAUCCGUGGUAAACGUUAGCGCCAAUCAGUCCAGUAGCGCCGAGGAAGUAACCAGUCGAGAUCAGUCACGGAUGGACAAGCUGCGACGGUUUAUUGACGAGAACUACAACUUCCUCCAGGAAAUCGACGAGACCCUCAAAGAGCAAGAGCUGAGCGGAACGGCCGACGAGAACAUUAGUCGAGUGGAAGACGUCUGGAUGAAAACGCUCAGUCGGAAAGAGAAAGAAAUACGACGGGAAAAGCCGAAAAUGGCGGCACCUCCCACGGGACAAUCUCCUCCGGUCAGAGACAGCUCCCUCAAGUCGAUUCUGAAAUCGCCGAAGAAGACCCCAGCCAAGGUUGCCACAAUUAUGACUCCCCAAGGGAACGUGGAAGUGAUCGAUCUGACGGAUCGUGCCGAACAGGAAGCACUGGAGAAGUAUUCCCACCUCGCGGAAAACUGCAGCAAACGAAUAUCCGAACUCUCGGAUAUGAUCCAGAAGGUCAGGGAGGAGAAAAAGAAGCUUAUUGAAAACAGUUUAUCCUCAAGUGAUCAGCCGGAAUCGUCCACGAAGUAUCUGGAUUUACCCCGAACGCAGCAGAAGAUUCCGCAGGCACCUGAAGCUGCUGGAAUCAGUCCGCAAUCCGCCAAGGACGAUCCCGUCAGCGAAGAGAUUAACAACAUAUUUACCAACUCGCGGCAGAUCGGACUGAGCAAGGACAGUGGCAUUGCAAUGUCCCGACCGGUAACGUCAUCCGACUAUCGGGACAGUCCAGAUACUAGGCCGGCGAAUGCCGGUGCGCCGCAGUUCGAGUCGUCCGAGGAUUUAAGCUCGCGGGAAAUGGUGACUCCUGCCGUCUCGGUUGCAUUCGAACCAUUGUUGAAGGAUAUUCCUAAGGUUUCCCCGCGGUUGCCUCACGUGGAAACAAAUGAUCAAGCCAUGUCUCCCGAACCGAAGGACAUCCCUCUGGCGAAGCGUACAAAACCGCCUGUGGCCAUAACUAGGUACAGUCCACAGCUCGAGGAACCCAUUGCAGCGCAUGAACUGUCCACCAUUCCAGAAGUGGAAACUCCGCUUGCCUCCAAGGCCAACAUUUCAGUGGUACCAAGUGAGAAACUCGACCCUGCCGAACAACUUCUCGUAGAAGUCCGCGACAAACUUCUGGAACAUGCUCGUGCCCUGGGCUACGAAGAUUUCCCCAACUACCAGCAGUACGUUCGGGAGCAGAAUCUGGAAGGAACCCGUUACGAUCCCGAGAAGACCAGCUAUUCGCGUCUCCACGAUCUGCUUGAAGUCACCGACCGGAGUGAUCUUCGAUACCAGAACUUCCCCGUGCCGGCUCCGGAAAUGAACAUCACGGAAGAGAGUAACAAGCAGAACAAUAAAAAAGCGGAACUGGACAGUAACUCCAGCUCCAGUACGACACUCCCCGAUGUGGUUGCCGAGCUGAAGCUCAGGAAGAUCAUUGACAAAUCUUUCGACAACUCUCUGGACGACUCGAAUCUGUCGACACCGGAAUCCGGAUCACUACUGGCUCUCCAUCCUCUACCGGAAAAAUCUCCCAUCAAGGCACACCAGAAUCAGAACGACGGCCACAAAACCCCCGAACAAUCUGUCUCCGAAACAACGGCGUCCCUCGAACGAGAUCUCAACCAACUGGGUCUUCGCUGGGCUUCGACCAUGCUCAAAAAGAACCAACAAGCCCUGCUUCAGGACCACUCGAGCAGUUCGUCCCUCUCGCCGGCCGAAGAUAUCCGUCGUCAAUCGGGAAGAAACCCGCAACCACUGCCAUCGCUUCGAGACGAUCCGAACGACUCCCAGAACGCCGUCGCUGGGAAACCCCUCAACCUGAAAGAGUUCAUUGCUCGGGAACUGAUGAUUCGCACCCAUUCCGACCCGAGUUCUCUCUCCGAAUCGUCCAGUCCGUGCAGCUUGCUGUUACGUUCCCUACUCGACAUAAGCCAUAUCAACGCCUCGACGACGCCGGAACUGCUAACCCAGACGACAGACCGUAACAUCCAGCGAACCUCCACCCCAGUGGCCACGAAAUCAUCCUCCGGGACAACCCCGCGGGAGGCCAACAAAGAUGACGGCAGCCUGAACAACAUCACCAAUGGGCUCUUUUCCGCCGAGUCACGGAUUUCGUCCGUCCGAAUGAGUUCCUCGUCAUCGGGAGGGGAGAACAAGUUGACGGUGCCGAACGUGCGGCUGGAUGUGGAACGGUAUGACAAUGGACGGGACAAGGAACGCAAGUAGAUUGCACACAAGUCGCACAUGCUCAUUUUCUGAUAAGUAUAUUUGAUAGAUGCCUUUAUAUUUUAAUAAAAGUGCCUUGAAGCAAUAUUUUACUAGAAGCGUUGUUUUCAAUUGAAUUAGAUUGCUCAAGCUACAUAUCGAUAGGGUUAAUUUGAAUUCUACGCGUGCGGCCCCACAAUCAGUGAAUUAAUUGUACGGUACGUUUUGUUUUCUGUUUUAGGAUUAAGUUUUACCUAUUAUCAACUAUUUCUAGGGUUAUUUUUAGUGACUAAUAAUUAGAAUGUACUCUCUUCAUAUUUCAUAGGACGCAACAAAUUCAGCACUGUUAGUCAUAGGCAUGUUAAAGCAUUUAAUAAAUGAAAAAUGAACCGUA